AUGGCAGAGGCGACCAUCAAAAAUAUCGACAAUGCUUGCGAAACAGCAGAGGAAUUUACAAAAGUAUUUUACAAGCAAGUAGACAACAACCGGCAUUUAUCAUCCAAACUGUACUUGGACACUGGCCUCCUGGUUUGGAAUGGCAACGGAAUCAACGGCAAUGACAAAAUUCAGAAGUUUCUUAUGGACUUGCCUGCCAGUAAUCAUGUACUCAAGACAUUAGAUGCACAACCUAUAUCAGACAAUUUGGUGUCCAACAAGUUAACUUACCUCAUUCAAGCUUGUGGAGAUGUGACCUACCAGAAUGACGAUAGCAAGAAGCCCUUUCAACAAACGUUUGUGAUAGUUGCUGUUGAUGGCAAGUGGAAAAUUGCAUCAGAUUGCUUCAGACUGCAAGUUCCUUACAACAGUUAA